UACGCAAAUAGAACUGAUAUUCCUAUUUAUCGAGGAUCUUAUGAUGUUUUACUUCCGAGUACAUUUGAAGAUCAAAACUAUCAUGGCGUCGAUGGUUUUGCUGACUUAACUUAUGACAAAGAACCGGAUACUUCUAUAAUACGCUCUGAAUCUGCAUUUGUUGCCAUGAGAGAUUUAAUUGUUAAUAAUCCACAUGAAAUCACAAUGAUUGUAGUUGGACCCAUGACAAACUGUGCAAUUUUAUUACGUAUGUACGAAGAUGUCGCUGAAAAUAUUAAAGAUAUACGGAUUAUGGGUGGAAAUCAUCAUGGAGUUGGAAAUGUUGUGCAAGCAGCCGAAUUCAAUUUCCACAUGGAUCCGGAAGCUGCCCACAUUGUUCUUGCCAGUGCAAAGUGUCCCAUGCAUUUGUUAACGUGGGAAUGUUGUAAUAUUAAUGCUAAAACACCCAUGUCUUGGCGAUUAAAAGAACUUGGAACUGCAGCCGCUGGAAGAACAUGGCAGCUCAUUCAUCGAGCCGAAUCAAAAAUUUACAGCAAACCAAAGGAGCAUUGGCAUCCCUGUGACGCUUAUCUGGUUGCCACUCUUCUGUAUCCAGAAAUAAUAGUCGAUCAAAGUAUGGAACACGUUAAUGUUGAGCUGGCAGGAAGAUUGACGCGAGGACAAGUUGCUAUUGAUCAUAUGCACAAAAGGAAACCUAAUGUUAACCUCAUAAAAGAAAUUAAUUAUAAAAUGUUUGAGAAAAUCAUCAUGGCUGCCCAUACGCAACUAUAAACACGAUUAAGUAUUCACACCUUUUACUUGUUUGAACAUUUACAACAAGAAAAAUAAUAAGAUAACAUUAUUGCCAAAAGUAAAUUAAUCAUACCUGUAAAUACAAUUUUCAACUAUGGUACAUAAUACGUUUGUUGAGUC